AUGCCACCGGACCACCAGGACUCGCAGCAUCCCGGCUAUGGCCAGCCUGGAUGGAUCAAUGUACCUUCGGCGUACUCAGCGAGUCCUCAGACGUCAAUGUCACCAAUGAACGACUUUCCGGCUUAUGACUACCACUCGGUAACGCCCGUACCGAUGGAGCCAGCGUACAAUAUGCCUCGAGCAUCACCAUUUGCCACCACUCAUGCGCAGAUGCCUCCGCCAUUGAUCAUGCCCCAUAAUGGGCUUUGGCCGAGCAUGCUGGCGAGCCAACCUCAAGCAAAUUACCAAACGCCCAUUAUGCCCGCUGGACCCAUACAGACUCCUUUGUCUGCUAGCACGGCGUCUGAUAUGACGCCCACCAGCGCGAAGCCUACACCUAGCCGUCGCAAGCUGACAGAUGAUGAACGGCGUCAAAUGUGUAUUGAAGCGGAGCAAAACCCCACCAUGAAGCAGACUCAGAUAGGAGUUCAAUGUGGAAAGAAGGUGCGAAGUCAUCGGCUACUGUUUCUGUACCAAAAGCGUCUGCUAACAGUUGGUAGCACUGUGUCCAAGAUCCUGAGACAGCGUGACAAGUAUAUGAAUCCCAAGCCAAAAGAAGACAGUUCGAGUCCUGAGAAAAAAUCAAAAGCCAAACUGCCCGAUUUUGAAAAGACGUUAACCAACUGGGUAAGAAACCAGCAAAAGAAAGGCUUGCCAAUUUCCGAUGAAGACUUGCGAAAGCAAGCUCGAGUUUUCUCCUUUAGCCGAGACGACCAGGCUGUAGUAUCAAGCACGGACUGGCUGGAGAAAUUCAAACGCAAGAACCACUUGCUGGCCCAUCGGGACGACAACGACUCAAAUUUGAUAACCUCAAGCACUGCUUCCAACGAACAGACACCAGUUGAUGCUUCACCUGUCUCCUCAAAUGACGGCCUCGUGUCUCCCCCGAUGUCCGCUAUUGAUGACUUGGCGACCAAUGCAAGCAUUAAGCUUGAAGGACCUGAUUUUUUCAACUAUGAAGAAAAGGACAGCUUCGAGGAAUCCCCAAUGGAUAAUGACUUCACAGAAGGCAUCGGGCAGGGAGCCUCCGGCGCCAUGCUGUCGCCACAGUCUCCCAGGUCCAGUAAAGUGGAGAACGAAAUCUUAGGCCUGGCAUCAGAAGAUAUGAUCGAGGAUCUUGUGGAAGCUUCGCACCGCCAGAGAAGUCAGACAUUUUCCCACAUGUCUCAAGGAUAUAGCAAUUCUCGACCAUCGUCGGCGGGACAUCGGGCUCCAUCACUGCCCGUCCGCUCAUUGACUUCAACCAAUGCAGAGGCCCGGUCCAUGGGUAUUGAUCCCCGCCAAAUGAUGAAGCGACACAAGAGUGUCCCGGACAUUCAUUAUCCUGAGCAGCCACGGAUUAGUUCCAUGCAGCCUCCACCUCUACCUCGAUCUUCUGCGGAUACUUCGCCUGUCAGCCAUCCAGCUUCGCCUGUUGAUGAUGAACUCAUCAGAGCAUUGCAUGAGAUCAAGUCUCUUUUAGAGCAGAAUCCAAGUGUAGCGGAGCCAGACGAUUACUUGCUGAUUGGCAAGUUGAUGCAAAAGCUCAAGCUGCUACGACCAGUACAUAUGUCAUCGCUGCCAGGCGGGAUGCACCCUAUCGACACUAUGGACAGUCCUCGCAUCUCGAAGAAGAGAACGAUCCUCGGGAUAUCGACUUGA